AUGGAAAUGGUCUACGGCAGCAACUGGAAGGUGGAGCUGGAGGCUAGAGAGAUAGCCGAGCUAGAGCCAUCGUCGGAAGAUGAAGAAUUGCUGGAGGGUGAUGCAGGCGAAGACCUGCCCGGAGUCGCGCCCAAGGCGGCUGCGAGGGGUGGCGUUUCGUCACCCCCGGCGUCUAGACUCAGCUCGUCAGCUGGAGAUGGGUCGGACGCGGUGUCGAAAUUGAAGGCCAAGCUGGAGUUGCCCUUUGUUCCUUCUGCUGAGGAUCUUGCUACUUACUCAGCCCGAGUACAACGCAUCAGUGAAGCGUUGAAUCUUCUAGAUUCUCCGUUGCCCGAAGGGAGCUUGCCGAUGGCUCGGACACCACAGAAGGCCAGAGGAAGCCUUUCUGUGUUGGUGAAAAUGAUCCAGGAGCAUGGUGGGAAGCUCAGCUCUCAUGCUGACAAGCUUUUCUCUAGUGAGGAAGGCACGCCAGACCGUGUCAGGGUGCCCCAAAGCCCACCCGUGGCUCGGCCUCUCUUCCAGGGCCCUGAGGCUACGGCGUCGGGAAAGGGAGCGUCAGAAAACGCGGCCGUGGCGGCUCCAGCGCGGGGGCUGGCUUUCGGCCACCAGCCUGGAGGCCAGAGUCCACGAUCCAAGUCACGCCAAAGGCGCAAUGGCCUGUGCUCGAUGCAGGAGUUUUACGAGCAGUUUGAGGCUACCAUUGCACUAGCCAACGAUGGCGAAGGCAUGACUGACAUGGAAGCCCUUGUGACCUUGAAAGCCUGCCUUCGCCAGCACCGACUGAAGUCCUACGAGCUGAUCUACAAAAGGCACUUAAAUGAUGGGACGUUGAGGGAGGACCCUGGCGCAGUGUACAAGGCUGUGAAGCAGAAACACCUUCUUUUCGCGGAAACGCGGGAAGAGAAGGAGCUCCGGGUUCUCGACGAGUGGGAGCGACUUCAGAAAGGAAGGCUCUCCGCCUACGAGUGGGAAGUGCUGUGGGAAGAAAGGCUCGGAGAAAGGGAGCAGGUCGGACUGGGGAUGACGGCUCGUGAGAACCUGAUCCAGUACCUCCGUAAAAUCGGGGACCACUUGUCCCGCGAAGCGCGGAAGGACAAGCGCUACCGAGAGAGUAGAGGUCCUCAGGAUGCGAAUUCGCCCGAGGACUCCGGUGGAAAUCGGAGACGGAAGAAGAGAAACCAGCAAGGGCAAGGAAACCCGGAAGAGUCGACCUUGGCCCUGGACGCGAACGCCAAGAAGAAGAAGGUGUGUUUCAACACGCGAGAUCAUGGUAGCUGCCGGAUCGAGGAUAGGUGCGAGUACAGUCACGACAAAGCGUUGGUGGAGGCGGAGCGAAAGAAGAAGAAGGAAGCCGAGAAGGCUGGAAGAGGUGGAGCCCACGCUGGCCAGGACAAGGCGUACCCAUUUUGCGCCGUCGAAGAGACCGUGUACGACACCAUGUGGACCAUGGGUUCGUGCGAAAGGUCCAGCGACCCGGCGUGUGAGGGCCUGAGUGUCCAAGCGGACCCCGGUGACGUAGGUUCUUGGGUGGGAGUUUGCUUGGAGAGCCCUGAAAAGGGCCUCGGCGGAAGUCCUGGUGGGGCUGGGGUGGUGUUGCCCACCCAGCUCCCGGGUACUGAGUUUGAGGCCACCCCUGGUUUGUGGCCAGUGGGAAAAGAGGAAGGGAUCAUUUUCCUGGAAGCUUCCACGGAGAAUGGUUUCAGUGCGACGAAAGGAAACCCGGUAGCGGUCGUCACGCCUGGUGUCGCAGUGCAGAAAGCCUGCUGCGAGUGCGGGGCGGUGAUGGCGUUGGACGUUUCCAGACACAUGCUGCCAUGGGGCGGCGUGGUGUCCGGAGAUGGACACGCGCUGUGCGUUCCUCGAUACCUCAAUCAUGGCUGGCGUGAGCUUUGGAGUGGAGAAAGCAAAGAUCACCGUUAUGGUACUACUUGCAACCGCAGUACGCCCACUGCGGCAAAGAUUCUUGGAGAGUACGUAAAAGCGGCCAAGGAGUUCCCUGAGCAGGGUCUCGGACCAGGGGACUCUCCAGGAGAUCUUGCUGUGAGGGCCAUCAAACUGACGGCGCGCCGGACCAUUGAGCUUUCGGUCCUGGACGAAGUGGCAGCGGUGACAGGGGAAAGGCCCUUGGAGCAAGUUGCAGACAGUUCCGGUUACGCAGUCGGAGGUGUGGCUGUGCAACUCCGGGAGGAUCUGCGAGGGUUUGAAGUGUUGGCUACUCACUCGACGGGGCUAACGCUGCCGCAACAGGCGUGGGCUCCGCUGAGCUUGGAAACUUAUGCUCAACUGGAAGUACGGAGAGCGGUGAAGGGAAUGAUCGGCCCGUUGCGCUGUGUCAUGUGGACGGAUCAUAGUAACUUGACUCGUUUGCAAACGAGCGAAGAGAUCCAGCCCAAGCAUCUUCGAUGGUUAUCGGAGUUGCUUGCCGAUGGUUCAGUCUUGCGGAGCUUGAGUGGUCGGUCCGCCAAGCUCGCAGACGGACUUUCCCGCAAUCCUCCAGAAAGGGAUGAGCUGUUAGCUCAGAGGACCAAGGACCUUCAAGGGCUGAUAGGCCAGCUGAGAGGUUUUUCCUUGGAAGAGUUUCUGAGGAGGGUUAUCCCUUGGUCUUUGCUCAGUGACGUGGAGUCGGCCAUAGAGCCCAAAGACCUUGUGACGGGGAAGACUGUGCGCCCGGGGUCCUUGGGUCGUAUCGACCAGGAUUCGGGCGCAGGGGGCGGGGAUGCGGUCUCUGCCUACCCUGUCUGUUCUUUUUCGCGCGUUAUGGCAGAUUCAGGGGCCAUUCCGGUCCUGAAGGUGCUUUACGUGCCGGAUUACUGCACGCAUGCCGAGAGAACGCUCAAGACGACGGAGUUGAGCAAGGUCUUGUCCCGCAGCUUACCCGGCUUCCAAGCCCGGGUUGCCUUGGGGGAGCCUCCUUUUGAGGACCUGGAAGGGACCGGGUUACACUUCGAGAAGCAAGGUAAGGCGAGGCUGACGGGUAGGAAGCUCGCCAACGCUGCGCGCGUUGACCUGUUUACCUCUGUGGCCAAGCUCUUGAGGGAGUUGGUGACGCACCGCCCUGCGGUAGUGGUUGGCAGAGGACAGGGGGCGGUCGUCGUCCUGGCGGCUUCUAAGCCAGUCGUGGUGGAAGCCGCGCUGUUGGCACGAGUGUUUCAGCGCGAUGAAUGCCGAGAGGUGGCAGCGGCGUGGGGUGCUGUGAUGGACAGUACUUUGGGAAGCGUGCCCCGAGCUGUGCGCAGAGCAUCCGUUGGAGCCCUGGCUAGUCGAAGCGGUGCUUCCGAAAAGUACUCCGCGCAAGCCUUGAAGGCGACUGUUUCGGAAUCGAUGGGUACCUCUGCAUGGGGUCCCUGGUUGGAACGUGAAACCAAGGAAGCUUGGGAGCAUAACGGGGUUUGCGCGCGCGGACGCCGAACCGCUUUGUUCGGGCAGUGCAUGAAGUGCAUUGCGGAGGACUUGAGCGAAGCUAGGGCUCAAGUACUUCCUGAGGCUGGGUCCGACCCAGGCGUGGUUGUCUUGGCUGGAGCUGAGCAGGUGCGUCCCUGGCCUGCUGGAGUGGAUCCAGCACCCCGCUGGGAGAGACAGGUUGAAGGGAGCCCCGAAGAGUGGGGUAUCUCUGUCCGGUGGAAGCGGGGCAGUCAGCUUUUGGUUCAGAAGCCGUCCGGGCGGAGGAACGAAGUUGGCUUGACGGUGUUUGCGUUGGAAGGGAAGCUUGCUUUGGAGUUGUGCCAUGUGGCUCGGCCGUGUUGGCCGCUUGACCUUACGAGUUUGUGGCGCCGGAAACCGGGUGAUCCCUUCUGGACGAUGCAUUGGCUCGUUCACGAAGUGAUGUGGUUCGAAGAGCGACCCGAGGGCGGCUGGGACUGGAAGUUCGAGACGUUAGGUCCGGGUAACCAGCCAAGGUAUGAACACCGGAUCUAUGCGAUCCUGGGGGCGGAGUCACGCGACCGGGAAAGGCUGUUGCUUAUCCCAGGGGGCGCGGGAGAGGUUCUCUCCGAGUCCUUGGAGGUUAGCCCGGCUGACGAAGGCUCGGCGCCGGAAAGGUGGCUAGACGAAGCCAGUAGGGCACGAGCACGGGCUCGCUCAGAGCUUGGGGAAGGAAGUGAGUUCAAGGUUGGGGUUGACUUGAGGCUGACGUGGGCCGCCGAGCAGCGAAAGGACCAGGUCUUGGCUCCACUGCUGGUAGCUUGCCGAGAGAAGGACCGUGACGUCAUUGACUAUUCUCCGGAACAAGCACAGUGGAUCGAUGACAAGGUCAACGAAGAGGUUGCGCGAGGACAACUAGUCCGAGGCUCAAGCCCUUGGGGAAGUCCAGCCUUUCCGACGAGGGAAGCUGGAGCUCACCAAAAGAGCAGGAAAAGGCGGAUAGUCGUUGACUAUCGACGCGUCAAUGCCCGAACGGUCCGAGCACAAUACUUCAGCCGCAAGAGUUGGGAAGUGAUUGCAGAGGCUGCUGGAUCCUUGUGGCUGACUAUGGUCGAUGCAGUCACGGGAUUCAAUCAGCUGCAGAAUUCGGAUCGUGCGAGACGCGUCCUGGCCGUGGUCACUCGGUCGGGGCAGUUUUUGCCGACUUGCCUGACGUUCGGACCGGUGAACGGACCAGAAGCUUUCGCCUACGUCAUGGAUCGCAUUUACGCCAGAGGAUCCGGACGCCGAGCACGGGCAGCUUCGGAAUGGUUGGCCUACGUUGACGACCAUACGAUCCGAAGUGGCAGGAUGAUAGGGGGAGUUGCGUACAAAGAUAGCGAAGUCGCAGAUCGCGUCAGGACCGCUGUCACUGAAAGAACCUCUCCGGAAUCUUGCCAGGAUGUCCCCGAGGCUCUCGAAGCAGCUGGUUUCAGCGCUCGAGGGCUCGGCGUGGAAACACGAAAAGAAAAGGAAAAGUCGAAACCUGCGAGCGAGCCAAAGAAAGGCAAAAGCACGAAGGAGUUGAAGUUUACAACAGAAGCAGAUCGAAACCACCCUUUUGCGCAUGGGCAGGGCUGCAGUCUGCUUACUUUGGUGUUCUUGGUGCUGUGUGGCUUGUGGCUGUUGGUUGCCGGCCGUACGGGUGCUCUGGUCGUGCCGCGCGGCGGGCGUGGGGGCGCGUACCAGGAGCGUUCUGGUGUGUGGUCGGGCGACUGGGUUGGAUGGCUACGGGUGACCCGUGCCCGGAUCCGGGAGUUGGUCGAAGAGGACCGGCGAAGGGGUACCAACCGCUUCGAGCAGCGCACGGAAGGCACGGAAAUUUACUACAGAGCCACGAGUGGAUGGUCUCUAGAGAACUUCGAGCCGACCUGUGCGCUGCGUGCCGUGAAGGAGAAGAAACUACCCCACUACCUCUACCACUCCACGCAGGAAAGUUUGAGGAACAAAAUAGUCAUUUGGCAGUGGAUCCGGCCCUGA